AGGAAGAGAAAGGGGCGGCUGUCUCAUUAGUGACCUUCCCCCGGGAGGGUUAGGCUUCGGCUUCGGCUUCAAUGCAAUCUCGCUCCGCAACGGCAGUUCCAGGGCUCAGCUUCUUUCAGCAGCAACACCACUCGCCUUAAGCCGCGACCGCAGGAUUUGAUAUUCAAUGGCUGGAAAUCUAGAUAUCAAGUGGCCGAAAUGAAUGUGAACCCUAUCUUAGAGGAGAUUCUGAUUAAAAGAUCACAACAGAAGAAAAGGACUUCUCCCUUAAAUUACAAAGAAAGGCUUUUCGUGCUUACGGAAUCAAUGUUGACAUACUAUGAAGGUCGAGCAGAGAAAAAAUACAGAAAGGGAUCUGUUGAUAUUGCAAAAAUCAAGUGUGUUGAAAUUGUGAAGAACGAUGGUGCCAUUAUUCCCUGUCAAAAUAAAUAUCCAUUUCAGAUUGUAUAUGAUGCUAAUACACUUUACAUUUUUGCGCCCAGUGCACACAGCAGAGAUCAGUGGGUGAGGAAUCUUAAAGAAGAAAUAAAGAAAAAUAGUAAUAUAAUGGUAAAGUAUCAUCCUAAAUUCUGGACAGAAGGAAUUUAUCAGUGUUGCAGACAAACAGAAAAGUUAGCACCUGGCUGUGAAAAAUACAAUCUUUUUGAAAACAGCAUAAGGAAAUCACCUUCUCCAAUACCAGAUAAAAAUAAGCGAAGGCCUCCACCACCUGUUCCGCCAGCUGAGGAAGAUGAAGAUGAAGAUGAGGAAAUAGUAGUAGCAAUGUAUGAUUUUCAACCCACAGAGUCUCAUGAUUUGAGACUUGAGAGAGGUGAAGAAUAUACAAUAAUUGAAAAAAAUGACAUUCAUUGGUGGAAAGCAAGAGAUAAAUAUGGAAGCACAGGAUAUAUUCCAAGCAACUAUGUAACAGGAAAGAAGUCCAACAACCUUGAUCAGUAUGAAUGGUAUUGCAGAAAUCUGAACAGAAGUAAGGCAGAACAACUUCUCAGAGAUGAGGAUAAAGAAGGUGGUUUUGUGGUGAGGGACUCUAGUCAGCCGGGCCUGUAUACGGUAUCUCUUUAUACAAAAUAUGGAGGAGAAGGUUCAUCAGGAAUAAGACACUACCAUAUAAAAGAAACAAUGACGUCACCAAAGCAAUACUAUCUAGCAGAAAAACAUCUUUUUAACACCAUUCCAGAGAUAAUUGAGUAUCAUAAACAUAAUGCAGCAGGUCUUGUUACACGGUUGCGAUACCCAGUGACUCCAAAGAAGAAGCCUGCACCAACUACUGCAGGGUUCAGCUAUGAGAAAUGGGAAAUUAAUCCAUCAGAGUUGACCUUCAUGAGAGAAUUGGGGAGUGGUCUCUUUGGAGUGGUGCGUCUUGGCAAAUGGAGGGCGCAAUAUAAAGUGGCCAUCAAAGCAAUCCGAGAAGGUGCAAUGUAUGAGGAGGACUUCAUAGAAGAAGCUAAAGUAAUGAUGAAGCUAACCCAUCCUAAAUUAGUUCAGCUCUAUGGGGUCUGUACACAGCAGAAGCCUAUUUACAUAGUGACAGAGUUCAUGGAACAUGGGUGCCUUCUGAAUUACCUUCGACAAAAACGUGGACACUUUAAUAAAGAUACCCUGCUGACAAUGUGCCAGGAUGUAUGUGAAGGGAUGGAGUACUUGGAGAGAAACAGCUUUAUCCACAGAGAUCUGGCUGCCAGAAACUGUUUAGUGAAUGAGUCAGGAGUGGUGAAAGUGUCUGAUUUUGGAAUGACAAGGUAUGUCCUUGAUGACCAGUACACAAGCUCUUCAGGUGCUAAAUUUCCUGUAAAGUGGUGUCCCCCGGAGGUUUUUAAUUAUAGCCGAUUCAGCAGCAAAUCAGAUGUCUGGUCAUUUGGUGUUCUAAUGUGGGAAGUAUUUACUGAGGGUAAAAUGCCCUUUGAGAAAAACACAAAUUAUGAAGUGGUAACUAUGGUUAGCCAAGGACAGCGUCUGUAUCGGCCAAAAUUAGCUACCAAGAAUGUGUAUGAAGUGAUGGUGAUGUGCUGGCAUGAGAAACCUGAGGGACGCCCUACAUUUGAAGAUUUGCUGCGUAUAAUUGAUGAGAUAGCAGAGAGUGAAGAUGCUUUCUGAAGAAGAGGAGCAGAGGCACAAGAAUUCUAUAGUACAGCAAAGAAUCAACAUUCAAGAGACAUGGCAUUAUUAUUCUUUAAGAGCAUGAUCCUGCAGACUUCUGAGUGUUGCUGAAUGAAGUGUGGAGAGCCUAAGCAUUAACACUUAGCAUUUCCUCAGCAGUCAUGCGGAGAAAGUUCCACAUAAUAUAAAGAAACAUGCACAAUAUAUUCACCAACAUGGGCUGUACGUGCCUGCAUUCGGAGAGGCUAGCCCCCCGCCACCUGCCCUUUUUGCUUGAGGCCUUGCCCUCAUCCAAUCCCUUGCUCUCACUGAGCAGUCUUCCGGCAUAGCCCUGAAUCCUGGCUGGUGCCUGGAACAGCCCCGAGCCUGGGCUGGCCUGCUGGCAC